GCCUCCGCCGGCCGCAUCGUUUCCUCCCGCAGAGCCGAGCGGAGCAGCAGCGCGCCUCCACCUCCAGCUCCAGCUCCAGCUGCAUGCCUGUGAGGGCUGCUCAGCGCCGGCGGGGACGUUUUGUCGAUGCUCUCCACCUAAUGUGACAAUUUCACACAACUCCUCGAAACACCGGCUGAAGCAAUGGGAGCCUUCGGAGUAAUAAUGGGGAUUUUACAGUAUGCGGGACUUUAUAUUCAACUUAACGCGGCUUUCGACGUCGGACACGGGGAGGUGGACAAUCACAUCUCUGGGAACGCUCUAUUUACAGAGGUGCCACAUGACAUCACGACACAGAGCGGCGAGGAUGUAGAGAUGGCUUGUUCUUUCCGUGGUGCGGGCUCUCCCUCCUACUCGCUGGAGAUCCAGUGGUGGUACAUCAAGAACCACAGAGACUGGCAAGAGAAGACCGCCCAGAUCACUAAUAAUGUCGUACCUCUGGAGGAAUCGUCCAAAGAUGCCACCAAGAUUAGUGUGGUGAAAGUGGCCGGCAGCAACAUCUCCCACAAGCUCCGUCUCUCCAGCGUCAAGCCGUCAGACGAGGGCACGUACGAGUGCCGCGUCAUCGACUUCAGCGGCAACGUGGCGCAGCACCACCGCGUCCACGCCUACCUCCAGGUGGAGCCAGAGAGGAGCCAGGGGUCGGACGACGCUAAACUGCGGGAGCCGGGGCCGCAGGCACACGGGAGCCACCCGCAACCCCAUCGCCAAGCAGAGGGCAGGGAGCUGAAGAGGAGAUCAGCCGGCAGCGGCAGCACUGACUGUGAUGAGAGCUGCGUGCUCUAGAGUGGGCGGCCUGCCUUGUCGGUCUGCAUGUUCAUGACUUAUCUUGAAAGAGGGACGGUCACCAACACACACACCCGUCACCACAGAGUCGAGGCGUCAGACGUUUCUGGACCCUUUGUGUUUCACAGUUUGUUCGUCUGUCUUUAUUAUUGCUGUUGAAAGGGCACGGUGUUAUUUACAGAACAUGCGAUUGUGUUCUUUUAGUCGCUGUAUUGUUUGUCUCUGUGCUUUUCUUUUUGCACUUGUGUUAAUGUAACGACAGAGAACUUUAUAUUAUUUAUUUUUGUUUUAUCCAAGCAGGACUCUUAUAGGUGGCGAGCACCCAGAACCUUUAGUUGCAGUGCACGGAGUCAGAAUCGUCAUGGAGAUCGCUGAGAACAACUCACUGAUACAGACACAGAUCGCUUCCUUUGUCUUUUACCAAACACAUGCCAAAAGCUGUAGUAUCCUCAUGUAAAUGCUUUCUAUGAAAUAAAGAUUAAAAUAAGCUCUUUUCAUUUCAUCUGAACACUUUUCAUUUGUGUAAUCUUUGUUUGAAUCCUAUCUGUACCCAGCUUUCUAUACCACGACUGAAGUGUUCGUUAAAAUUGAAAUGUAUGCCUUCAUCACGUCAAGAUAAUAUAUAGAUUCUUGUGUAUAUUCACACUUACUGUCCACUUUUACUGCUAUCCUUUCAAUAAAGUUUACCCCAUGCUAUUAACCAAAUGACUCAAGACAACACAGCUGCAAUAUGUUAACCUCUCCAAACCUUUUUCUCUCACGAAGUUCAUCAUCUGAAUCACAUUCUCCUCUUUGCCUGUGUUUGUUCUAAGUGCUGCUGUUUGCUAUCUGUUCCGUUAAAUACAUUCAUUUG